AUGGCGGCGGCUCUUCAGGCACAGCGCCUCUUCCUGACGGCUUCCACCUCCUCGUCCUCGUCCUCGUCCUCGUCGCUCACGACGUGGCCGCGCCGGACCACCGCCGCCCCCUGCCGCGCCGGCCUGCGCGUGCCGUCUGGUGUCCAGACAACAACCGCGUCCUCCAUCCCGGCGGACGGCGGCCUCAAGCUGGACUGGAUCGACGUGACCACCACCAGCGGCAGCAUCGCCUCCUCCCCCGCCGACCGCAACACGGCGGUCGACAAGCUCCGCGCGGUGGCGGAGGCCGCGGCGGACCGCGCCGAGAUGCACGACAUCAUCGGGCGGCAGCGGGACAACUGGAACCACCUGCUGCUCCACUCCACCAACUCCCUGACGCUGGCGGCCUCCGUGAUGGCCGCGCUGGGGCCCGCCGCGCCGGGAACCGUGGCCGCGCUCAAGGCCUCGGCGGGGGUCCUCCUCGCCACGGCCGCCGUCACCAUGGCCGCCGUCAACAGGGUGCAGCCGUCGCAGCUCGCCGAGGAGCAGCGCAACGCCACGCGCCUCUGGAGGCAGCUGGAGCGCGACGUCCGCGCCACGCUCCAGCACGAGGCGCAGCAGGGUCCUCGCGCUGGACGCCGCGUACCCGCUGCCGCUGCUCCCGGGGAUGCUGGAGAAGUUCCCCAAGGCCGUGGAGCCCGCGCGGUGGUGGCCGCGCCGCCGUCCGCAGCAACAGCCGAAGAGCAGCAGCACCACCACCCGGUCCAGGAGCUUCGGCCGCCGCGGCGUCCGCACCACCUCCAACGGGUGGAGCCAGGAGCUGGAGGAGGAGAUGCGCGGCCUGCUGCGCGUGCUCCGUGCCAGGACGAGCACCAGUACCUAACGGUGGGGAAGCUGGUGCUGUCCAUCAACCGCGGCCUCGCCGUGGCGGGGCCUGCGCUGGCCGGCACCGCCGCGGUGGCCGCGGCCUUCAUCGGGACCGGCGACGGCGCGUGGGCGUCCGGCGCCGCCGCGGCGGCGUGCGGCGCGCUGGCGGCGGCGGUGAACACGGUGGAGCACGGCGCGCAGCUGGGCAUGCUGUUCGAGCUGCUGCGCAACUGCGCCGGGUUCUACCGCAAGGUGCAGGAGGACAUCGAGGCCGCCCUGGGGGAGGCCGACGUGGAGCGGCGGGAGAACGGGGAGGUGUUCCGGACCAAGGUCGCCCUGCUGCUGGGCCGCGACGCGGCGGAGCUCCGGCAGUUCAGAAGGAUGGCGUCGGCGUCGGUGAAGGAUGACGACAUCAAGGACUACGCCGGGAAACUCUUCUGA